UUGAUCUGCUCUGCCUUCCCUUGUCCUCAAACGAUCACAGACUCACUCUGCAGCUCGCUGUCUCUGCCAUCGGCUCCCCCUUUUUUUUUAACUUUUACUCAGAUCUGCUUUUUUCCUUCAAACUUUUCCCCGUCCCCAAAGCUCGCAGACCCCUUCAUUCCCAAUGCAGGGGGAGUGAUCGCUGGGCUCCCAGCCACUGCAACCCGCAAGCUUGCACCUAGAUCUCUGGGUUUGUACGUAGCGAGAGGACCGAAAAAAUGCCCCAGCUCAGCAGUGGUGGAGAGGAUGACCUGGGGGCCAACGAUGAGAUGAUCUCCUUUAAGGAUGAAGGCGAUCAGGAGGACAAAAUCCGGGAGAACGCCUUUACAGAAAGGGAUCUGGCAGAUCUCAAGUCCUCUCUGGUGAAUGAGUCUGAAAGCAGCUCCAAUGCCAGUGUCCCCGGUGAGAACCCAGAGGGAAUCAGGCGAGCGCAAGAUGCUCCGAGGGUUUAUCAGGAGAAACUGUCUGGUCACAUGGAAGAUGGUAUUAAACAUCUGGACGAAGGAAUGUACAAAGGAUCAGGAUAUUCCAGCUAUCCGUUUCUCAUGCUGUCUGAUCCUUACCUUUCCAAUGGAUCUAUGUCCAAAGUUCCCGUUGUGCAGCCAUCCCACGGGGUCCACCCGCUUACACCCCUCAUUCCAUACAACAAUGAACCUUUCAGUCAUGGUUCCCACUCCCCACAUCUUCCUGCAGACCUCAACCAGAAGCAAGGUGUGCACCGGCCCUCUCAGACAACAGAUAUCCCUACCUUUUACUCAAUCCCUCCUGGAGGAGUUGGCCAGAUAUCGUCUUCAAUGGGAUGGCAAAGCCAGCCUGUCUAUCCUCUUGCUUCUUGUGGAUUUAGACAGCCGUACUCCUCAGCACUUUCUUCAGGUGCUCCCUACUCUAGGUUUACACAUCCUCUGAUGCUCAGCUCGGGCAUGCAUACAACAGGUAUUCCUCACCCAGCAAUAGUGCCUCACUCAGGGAACAAAGACAUGGAUUGUUAUGAAAGGAGCAUGAAACCUCAGUGUGAACCAAAGAGAGAAAAAGAGCCUAAGAAGCCCACAAUCAAGAAGCCACUGAAUGCCUUUAUGUUGUAUAUGAAAGAAAUGAGAGCAAAAGUCAUUGCUGAGUGCACGUUAAAAGAGAGCGCAGCUAUCAACCAGAUCCUUGGAAGGAGGUGGCAUGCACUGUCUAGAGAAGAGCAAUCAAAGUACUAUGAACUGGCCAGAAAAGAAAGGCAACUUCAUAUGCAGCUGUACCCAGGCUGGUCUGCAAGGGACAAUUAUGGGAAAAAGAAAAGACGAAGCAGGGACAAACACCAGGAUUCCAGUCCAGAUCCUGGCUCCCCUAAGAAAUGCAGAGCUCGCUUUGGCCUCAACCAACAAACGGACUGGUGCGGCCCAUGCAGGAGGAAAAAGAAGUGCAUUCGGUACUUACACGGAGAAGGACGAUGUGGCAGCCCCGUUUCUUCCGAUGGAAGUGCUCUAGAGUCACCUUCUUCUCCAAUGAGUAUAGUCCAAUGUAUACAACCAUCAGCUUAUUCUUCAUUCAAGCUUAUUAGCCCUGCUGAUUCUGCACAAAGUGAACAAAACUGCUCCCUACCUACUUCUAACACAGUAAAAUCCACCAGUGUAUCCGCAGGAUCUAAAGCUGUGGUUUCAUCUCAUACCACAGAGGCAUCAGAGUCCACAUCUGGAUGCAGUCCAACAUUAAGGUCCACGUAGCAUCAUUAUAGACUGGUCAUCUGUUGUCAAAGCUGCAUUGGACAUUUUUGUAACGGCUUUAAACUAGUCCAUAGGCAGACCACCACACCAACUUCUUUUCUCCCAUAAUCCAAAAUAAUGGAGACAACUUGAGACUGCUGCCCACCUUUGGUUUGGAACUUCUUGAAAACUUUGAUUAAUUAAUGGACAUGGGUAGCUACAGUGUUAAAACAUAUGAAAUAUGCUUAUUUUUACUAUGAAUUGACACGCGGUAAUUCAUAAUACAAUUUUUCUCUUUCUAUAGUGCACCUGAGCCUGCUUAAGCAGGAUUUCUAUAUUUAGCACUUGAAAACACAAUUUUCAGAUACGCCUGGACCAUUUUUAAUGUAAUAUACUGUCUUCAGAGUAUUAACUAUAAAAUGGAUGUUAUUUUUUAUUAUUGAAAUAAUGAUGAGCCACAUCUCUUUUCUUAUACUUUUUUUUUCUGAAUUAUAAUAUUUAUGUUCUCUUUUCACUAAGGUUAAAAAAAGAAACUUAACAGGACAAUGUAUAAAAUGGUGGCUGAAAGGUAAUGUUGCACAUGCUUUUUACACUGUUGGAGGUGGCUAAUACCUGAUUUUGUUCAGAUCCAACUGUAUUCCGAACUAAAAAUUAUAGUGGAACCGUUCUCACAAGACACGGGUUAUAAUCACUGCAAAACUCUUGAUACUUAAGUAUCACCAUAUAUUUUAAUUAGUUAAAUUGUGUGCCAUCAUUUAAAUGUAAGUCCAUUAAAUUGAUUUUUAUAUAUAUAUAUAUAUAUAUUUUUAUAUAUAAUUUCCAAUGUGGAUCCAGCACUCGCUUAAAGAAUUUCAACCUCCGGGGUGCACUUAAACCCAAUCACAUAUACGCUGCAAAGACAAGGCACUCUCCGUUUUCAAUAAAUUAUAUAUUUACUUAGUGGUGAACGUUUUGCCUUGUCUUCGCAGCGUAUAUAUAUAAAUAAAUGUUAUUUCUGUGUUUAUCAAACUGUUUUGGUUACUCUGGGGGUCUGUUUAUGAGACCAACUGUGCUGGGAGAUGCUAUGGAAGAGAACUAGCAGGAAGCCCUAAACUACCAUAAACAUUUUACCAUUUCAAGGUUAUUAUAAUAUACAUAAAACUAGGUUGUUGGGCAGAAAUAAUAUUGUAGAUACAAAGGAUUGAGAAAUAAACAUUUAAUAUUUCAAUAGAAACAAAUUUCAUUUGGCAUAAUAUAUUAAAGGGACAUUCUAAAAUGAAAUGCUUUAAUUCAUGAUUUUUGCAUUAGUGUGCUUUUCUAAGUAUCUGAAUAACCCUCAACACCCCCUGCAAAAGAGAUGCAGUAUAUUGCAUCUUCUGAGGGCAAGCCUGUAACUGGCAACUACCUUUGUAUGCCACUUUUGAUAGCUCACAAACUGUGUACUGCUCAGGAGUUGCAACAUACUGGACAUCUUACCUAAGUAUUUAACCCCUUUGUGGGGGGUUAAUUACAGUUUACAAAGGGAAUUUAAGCAAACAUUUAAUGCUCUAAUAAUUUUAAACAUAUCAUGUUUGCACCAGGAUAUCCCGUUCUUCAGAUUCAUUUAGAAAGCCCUGAAUACUUGUUCCACCCCUGACGAAAAAAUUCAAGACAACAUUCAACAGAUAUUAUUGUUUAUUAGAGAAGUGGCCAUUUUCAGCAUUUGUUUUCACAAAUGUCAGCAUUUUGCAUAUCCCUAUUGUUGUACUGUAUUGCUGCUACAGUAACUCUGCUUUACAACUCAACCCUUUUUUUACUGAAUAUCUUCCUGUUACCUAUAAUUCAAUACCAUCGCAUAGGUUAAAGCUACCUUAUUUUAACUUUGAAAAAGGAACAUACACACACAACUUCAGAUUUGCUUUUGUUAGGACUGCUAAGUAAGAUUUGUUUCUUUUUGUGCUGAAUAAACUCUGGCUUGUCUGACAUUAGCACUCUAUUAAUAUCUUGUGUUUCUUAGGCUUGUGAUAGCUGCAAACAGUAAGCACGCUGUCCACAACUUUAAAGCUAAACAGGUCCACUAGUCUGACUAUUAUCUUGCACAUUUAGUUGUAGUUGCACUAAAAUUGCAGGUAUACCAUACCCUAUAAAUGACCAUUUUAGGUAAAAAAAAAACAAUAAAAUAAAUGAAAUUAAUAGUGCACAGGUAUUGCUAAGACAGUAGAGUAUAGAGCAGUGACCAUACUUCAUGAAAUUGUUAUAUUCAGGGAACCUAUAACCUUAACGCCUCUUCUCUAUACAAGAGAAGUACUUGAUAGCAGAAUAUUGUUCAAUGAUCAUAUGUCUUAUAAAACGUUUAAACAUUUUAACAUACCAUUGAUCAUGAUAGAUAAGUAAUACAAACCUGGUACAUGUAAAGCAAGUGAAGUCCUGCCCUAACUUGUGUAUUAUAUAUAAUAUAGUAUUCACAAACUGGAGAGAGAUAGUCUGCUUAUUUUAAAGUAUUCUAUUUUUAGCGGUCAGGUGGUUAUAAAAGAUAAUUUAGUACACAAAUUAUUUUUAUAUUUCUUUUUCUAAAGUGAACAUUUUCUAAUGGGUGGGUUGUUUUUGUUUUAGAUUAUUUUUUAGCCUUCCUAUGUCAAACAAAAGGGGCAGUUUACAUUGCAUUGCACUACAACAGAUCUCAUUCUCGCUUGUAGUUACUCUGCUACAUAUUUUGCAGCUUGCAUAUUCCCUUUAUAAAUGCAAAGAACAUUUUCCUGUGGACAUAUCACAUUGUAAAACAAUUGUAUUGGUUACAUUAUUAUUUGUUUUGUUUAAAACGAGUGAAAUAAAUUGUAAUUUUGCUAUGUUUUCUUUAUAUAAAAUUGCUCACUUUAUUUUUAGCUCCUGUUGGUAAAGAUUUAAUUGUAAGUAAGAAAAUCUAUCAACAAAAGAGAUAUUUUCUUAAAGCGACACUAAACAGCUUAAUAUUCUUUACUUACAUGGGCAAAUUUUUCAAGGUGGGGCAAUAAAGUGAAACGUACCCAGACAAUAAACAGACACACACACAUACACACACUCACACAUGUAUAUAUUGGGGGUUGAAAAAUAUCCCAAAAUGCUACUAGUCCUAGUUUACAAGUCACUAUAAAUUUUGGCAUCACUAUAUGCUAAACUUUAAUAAACUUUUUUUCCCCUU